UGAAGGGGACUUUAUUAAUCGUGUAGACGCUCCAUAUUCGUGCGCCCGACUGUACCGGCAGCGGUCGAUAGACAGCGGAACGCGGAACUCUAUCUCGCACGAAGAGAAGGAACGCGGACCACUGUAUUUCUACGGAAUAUUUCUCCCAAUUGUAGACAUUUAAUUGGCUCGUUCGCGAUAGCCUAUUCUUGGGUGUGAGGUGUUUUGUGGCGACGUGAGCCUCGCGCUCUGUAUAAUGCGCGAGUUUUCGUUCGACAUGGGACACGCCAUAGGCAAAAUCGUCGAACAAGAUAUUGUGUGAAAGCCUGGGUCGUUUCGUACCUCUUCUGCUUACAGAGUUACCUCCCGAGCCCGUCUACUAGCUCCGGAGUUUUUGCAUAAUUAUCCUACCUAAAAAAAGCUCAGACAUCACACCACAGUCCACGUGAACAUUACACUGCUCGUCUUCGCCACGAAAAAUAUACCAUCCCUGUGCGUAUCAGUCAGGUGCUCCUCUGAACUUUCUGAAGUCUCGCUACUACUCACAGCGAAAUAGAUUUUUUUUCAUCGUACAAAUAUGCCAGACUACUCGCCCUUCAUUCUGCCUGCAUUGUGUUUACUCUUGGCGCAAUACGCUCUCGAGAUCUCAUAGCGAUUGUCGUGAUUGGAUCGGAAUAUACCCUCUGGCUUCCUGAUUGAACCUGCAUCACUGACAAGAUUCUGGUUUAACCAGCUAUUUAAGUAGUGUGGGCGUAGCUACUAUCCACACAUGGACUUGGAACUGUGGUAUGCUGUUUUUUUAACAAGCCCUUUCACCGAAUAGUCAGUGGAUCUAUCAGUUUUCAAGAUAUAUUUAAAACUUUGUGGAUACUGUAACUAACGUAAGAAUCUUUGUUGCAAGAAUACUAAACCACUGUGAAAAUUUUAGUAUCUCAGGAUAAUUGAGAAUGGACAGCUCCGUGGAACAAUAGAAUUAUUCCAAGAGCAUAUUUCAUUGUUACAAGUUUAAAUGAUCUAUCAAGAGUACAAGUUUUUUAGUGAUAUAAUUUUCUUGGUGCAUCAUAUUGUGUCUGGCUUUCGGCUAAAGCGAAGAAUCUUUUAACAGUCCAUAAGGUCUCCAAAAUCCACUGGUGGCUAUGGUUGUAGCUAGUGGUGGUUGGAUGCAAAAUGCCAGUUAUUCCACCACUCAGAACAAUUCCAACAUGAAUACCACUGUUGCACAGAAUAACAACAUGGAGGCCAAGGCAGUUCUAAUCUGUCGAGAUAACUCUCAUCCAUUUCAAGAACGAACCUUGAUAUUAGACCAGCCUGUUAAAAUAGGACGUUCGGUGGCAAGGGCACGGGCUGCACAAGAUAAUGCAAUCUUUGAUUGCAAGGUUCUAUCUAGGAAUCAUGCAUUACUAUGGUAUAAUGCUGGAAAAUUCUACCUAAAGGAUACAAAAAGCAGUAAUGGAACGUUUGUGAAUAAUCAGAGGCUCAGUUUGUCUGGUGAUGAAUCCUCUGACCGUGAAGUGUGUUCCGGAGACAUAGUGCAGUUUGGUGUGGAUGUUGUAGAAAACACAAAGAAGGUCACACAUGGAUGUAUAGUCGCUACUUUGAGAUUGUACCUGCCUGAUGGGAAAGAGGCUAAGGCUAGUCCCAGUACUUCAGUGGCUGGUAUCGUUGGCAAUAUAUCCUUAGAGGAUUUGUAUAAGUUAAAUCAAUGCAUGCGAGAGGCUCAUCGACGUGAGAAAGCAUUGAAUAAUAAAUUGGAUUAUCUUCAACAAUUAGUACAGCGUGCUAGGUGGGCUACUGACCAAUCGUGGAAAGCAUUGAUUGAUGAGGAUCGUCUAUUGUCACGUGUCAAAACGGUCGAGAGUCAGCUUGCGGCCUACUCCAAGGUUUUCACUAAGGAUAAAAUAAGAAACGAGCUAGCAAAAUUGGAGGAGGAGAAGGGUCAAUAUCAGGUAGCUGCAAAAGAGGCGCUACAGAAGAUACUUCAAGAAAAGCUCGAGGUAAAGCAGAGCGUUGCUCAACUUGAGAGACAGCUCAACCAAACCGAGGAAGAAUGUCAAAGUUUACAUGAGGUAACGAAACAGAGUCAAGCGGAGCUCGAGGAGCUUGCUAAGAAAUAUACCGAGGCCCAGGAGAAGCUACAAGAGACGCGUAAUCAGUUGGUAGAUAAUGAGGAAAAAGCAAAGGAAGCGAUACAAAAACUCGAAAGAGAAAAGCAGGAUCUACUUAGGAGAGUAGAGGAUCAAUCAAUGAUCGAGAGGAACUUGCAGGCAAGAUUGAGGGACUCAAAGCUAGACUCUGUUAAUAUUCACAAGCAAAUAUCUGCACUGAGGAACUACAUGCAAACUCUUCAGGACAUGAACGCAAAGCUCAUAUCCGAUGAGAAUUCAGAAUCUAAGGAUGAGAUGAAGGAGGCGAUAAACGUUAUUCUCAACAAGCUCAACUCAAUGCCUGUAGAUAAUUUUGAAAGCGACACAGUGACCUUCUACGCGAGUAAAACGAAACAAGAUAAUCAAUUGAUCUCUCAGGAUAAUGAUUCGAACCAAACAAAAAAUGUCAGCUCAGAGUCCACCUUCGUCAAAAGAAUUCUUGAUGUUUCGUUAGCAGACAAUGAUUACAUUUUGCCACCGGCUUCCCGGAGAACAUUAGUAAACGGAAAUGCAAAUGUUGACGGGGUAGAUAUCAGUCUCGAAACGGAUGCCAAUUCGGAAGCGACUGACGACACGUGGAGCGUUGCCAGUGACGACACCAGUGAGAAAUCCGUCAUCGAGGUGAAGAAGGAUGACGACAAUUCCACACCGACCAAGGCUCCUAAUCCACCUGCCAAAUUAGAGGUUAGAUUUGCAAGUGAUGAAAACGGAGAGCAACUCGAAGUACAUUAUGAUCCGAUCGUCGGAUUAUGCGAGGACGUCGAUGUUCCGGAAUCGACGGAUGACAAUGUCGAUUCUCAAAGAACUGAUAGCCAAUCAAUAAGUACUGUGAUAGCCACGGAUCAAGAUAAUAAGUUCGAUGAGGUCUCAAUAGGUGAUGAAGAAGAGAGCGCCGAGGUUGAAGAGUGCGAAGGUGAACACCUCGAUGGUGAUUAUAUAAAGACCUUGAAGCCCUUAUCAAAAAGUGACUCCCUGCAACAGAGCUUACACUCCCGAGAGUACGUGCUGCAGACCCUAAUAGGUUCCCUGGAUUCUCUCAGUGGAGAUGACGACCUGGAAGCGCAACAACUCGUCAAGAAGGAAUUGGAUGAACUCAGAGAUUGGUUAAUUCGCGAGUCGAACGAAACCGUUAUUGGUAAAUUAAAGGAGCUGUACUACCGUGCUAAAAAUGAGACGCAGCGGAUACAGGAAGUUAAUGAGGAAUUGGUCAUCCUCAAGGAGAAGUGCAACGUCUUCGUUGAAGAGAAGAGCGAAUUAGUUAAGAAAUAUGAAUCCUUGAAGGCACAAUGCGGAGAUCUAUUAAGUUCGACCUAUACUGUACCGAUACAAUACGUGGUACCUAUUGUAAUAGCGCUGAUAUGGAUGCUCCUGGAGAAGAUGUUCUAAUGUUUUCUCAAAUUUCAUGUAUAGGGUGAUUGAUUCGUAGCGCAGUGAUUGCCAGGAUAUAAUUUAUUUAUAAUUUAGGAAAGAAGAGAAUAAGAGUUAUUAUAUUUGUUUGUUUCUGUUACGUGUCUAUUGUUUUUUUUUCUGGUUGUGAAAAUAUUUAUAUUAUACAAAUUCGUUCAAUUUAAGAGAAGCCAAAGUCAGAUUGAGAUAGGUUUGAAUUAAAGUUACAUUGGCUAUGUGAAAUUAUGAGGUCCUUUGUUAAUUAAGAAAAUACGAUCGAGUCUCGUGUCAAGUAUUUCGCCUUUAAUUCACAUGGACAAUUAUUAUUCAUCUCUGUCAGUUUGUUUACAACAAUUUCGAAUCAAUCACCCUGUACAUAUAGCUUUCGCGCGUUAGGAGGAUCCGUUCGAAAGAGGCGACGAUGACGGACAACGGGCAUACGCAACGCGCGUAAACUCCCGGUCCCUUUAAAACGCGUUGCGAACGACAUAAGACAGUGAAGCGGGAGAAUAUCCGAUGCGUAGUUUCCGUUGAAACGAAGCCUUUUUUAUACGAGUGCUAGAGCUAUGUAAAUAAGUACGUGAAUUUUAAAGGUUAAAUUUAAAAAUCCUACACGAAAAAAAGAAUAUACACAAAAUGAGAAUUAUCUACGCAGCUCCGAGCAGGCAAACUGUGGAUUAUUAUAUAAUAAUAUAAAAAUGAAAUAUGAAAAACUGGAAUAAUAGGAGACGUUUAUCACGUUACCAUCUAACGUUCAGAGGAACCAAAAUCAAAUGAGGACACCUUUUUUUUAAGUAAAUAAUGUAAAUUCACAUGGAUUUAGGAUAGCGACUGCGUUAGAAGGGUUAUAAACAGUACCACAUAAAAUGUUCAACAUGCUGCCAAUCUCAGUAUCGUCAUAUCUCUUCUUGGGACGUACCUGUCCAUGUACUUCCAAAUUAGAAGAAAAUACACGUCUUAUGUACUCUUAUCUAAAACGGCAGUUUGGUCGAAGGGAUCGAAUACGUUAUCAGUAAUUUGUCAUUGAGUUUGAUAAUCGUAAAUUGAGAGGAAGCGGCUGCAACUAAAAUUUUUGUUGUCGUUAUUACAGUGACUUAAUUCGUCCGAUAGAGGAAGGGUUUCUUUUUUUAUUUUUUUGAAAAAAAAGAAAAGAAAUAUUCUCUUCACGUUGAGGGUCUGCUGCGCCGCCAUCUUGGAGUGACAGUAUCUCUUUCUCUCUCCCUCUCUUUCUCUCUUUAAAGUGCUUGCAAUAUUCUUGAUGCAAGGUUAUUCGAUUCUUAGAACGUAGCGACUUUUCUAUGACGAGCCCGACGCGUUUUUACGUUUAAUGUUAAUUAAUAUUAUUUUCAAUAUACACAUAUUAUUUCGGAGCCGUGUGUCGAAAUCGCAACACCGUUCUAUAGGAAGUCACCAUCGAAGUAUACCUAAUCCUAAUCCUGAUCAUGUCCUUAGUAAAUCCACUCGCCCUUGUUACCUCUACCUCUCUUCCUCUACCUCCUGAAUUCAUAAUUCUAAAUAGCCACGAACGUACUGGCGUGUCACUCAAACGAAGGGCCUAGGUAUCUCUUUUCCUAUUUUUAAAUAAAUUAUCAUUAAACUUUUUCUAUUAAUUCUUUUUAUACAAAUACGAUUAAAAUUUACUGUAUUUUCUUAUAUCUGAUUAGGUUUUUGUAGCGUGCCAUUGCCCGUACAAUUUCUGCCACGAAACAAAAAGAAAAUUGAAAAAAAAAAAUAUAUAUAUAUAUAAUUCAAAAUGUUCCAUUUUCCAAUAAGAACUCCAGCUCACCGUCGUUUAUCGGAGCUGACUUGUUGGAAGAUCGAAGCAAUACGAUAAUUAUAGCGAUUAAACUCUGUAUAUAAUUUGUUGAUAUAAUCUUACCACAUGUGUAACAGUCAUUAUAUAAAAAAAAAAAAUAAAAAUUAAAUUAAUUAAGACCA